UAUAAUAUGAUCAUCAUAGAUAAUAUAAGAUUAUGAAAUAUUGAAAUGUAAUUUCUGUAAACCAAAACAAUAGUUAAAUAUCCACCACGAUUUAAAUAUUUAAAAUAUAAAAUCUUAUUCACGGACUAUAUUAUUAUUAUCUUAGUCCAUGAAUUUAUUCAAUACAUUUAUUUAAUUUACUUAUUAUUUGAGAAAGGUAUCUAAGUUUCUUAAAUCUUAAUAGGUAACUAGAAAACAAAAAUGUUACAAAAAGACGUAAAAUUGGAUAAUACAACUAAGACAUGGGUAUUAAAAAAACAUAUAGAUUUCUUACAAUCAUUUGGCAAAGAAAGACAUCAAUAUGAAAGUAGUAUGAUGGAAUUCCUUCGUAUGUCCGGUAUGUACUGGGGCUUAACUGCAUUAUAUUUGAUUAAUGAUGGAAAAAUACCAAAAGAAGAUGAGAUAUUUGAAUACAUUAAAAGUUGUGAACAUAGUUGUGGUGGAUAUUCACCAGCCCCUGGUCAUGAUCCACAUUUAUUGUAUACACUCAGCGCGGUUCAAAUUGCUUGUCUUCUUAAUCGAGAACUGGAAUUACCAACUGAAAAGAUUGUGUCUUAUGUAUCUAAGCUUCAACAAGACGAUGGCAGCUUUACCGGAGAUAAAUGGGGAGAAAUAGAUACUCGUUAUUCAUUUUGUGCAUUAGCAUGUUUAUCACUUUUAGGUAAACAUAAUGAGAUUAAUUUGGUUAAAGCUGUAGACUUUAUAAAAAGCUGCCAAAAUUUUGAUGGAGGUUUUGGAUCACGACCUGGAGCUGAAAGUCAUGGUGGCUUAAUCUAUUGUUGUGUUGGAUCAUUAUCUAUUGCUGGACGAUUAGAUCUAGUCGAUGCUGACACAUUGGGUUGGUGGUUAGCUGAAAGGCAAUUACCAUCUGGUGGACUUAAUGGACGCCCUGAAAAAUUACCAGAUGUUUGUUAUUCUUGGUGGGUGUUUUCAACAUUAAAUAUUUUAGGACGUGACCAUUGGAUUGAUAAAGAAGAAUUAAAAACUUUUAUUUUAGCAUCUCAAGAUAAUGAAGGAGGUGGAUUCAGUGAUCGUCCUGGGGAUGAACCAGAUCCUUUUCAUACUCUAUUUGGUCUUGCAGCAUUGUCACUAAUGUCAUAUGAUAACAUUUUACCAAUAGACCCUACUUAUUGCAUGCCAAAAGCAGUUAUUAACCGAUUAGGAUUAAAACCUCAAACUUUAUCCCGACCAUAAAAAAUGUUGUUGUCCUAAAAGCCUUCUGGAGCUAUUCAUUUUGAAUCCAAGUGUGCAAGAUUUUGGUACUGAAAAAGCCGGUAGCAUACUCUUUUAUCAUUAAAUACGCUGUAUGAAAAAGUACAAAUAAUAACCAUAAUGGAAAAUGGGCUUUAUAAGUACGUAAAUGUCUAGGUUUUCAUUACUAACUAUAAAAUCUUUCAGCAUAAGUAAUUAAUAAUGUCUGUUAACUUCCUGGUGUUUUUUUUUUUUGUAGUAUAUAAUUACAAUCGUUAAAAUCCUAUACUAAUGGUUUAAAUAGAAAACAAUAAAAAAAAUUUAUAACAUAUUUCAAUUAACAGUAAAACUGUAAGAGCUCUUUUAUAUUAUGUAAAAUAAAAAUAAUAACAACUCAUAUAUAGGUUGAAACUUUCCAUAAGACAUUCAAAUAUCAGACAUUGGAAGUAUCCAAGACUAGAUUAGAUACAUACAUAUAUUAUAAGAGAUAAAUAAGUGAAAUAAACAUUUGAGUGAUUGUUUAUGUUGUUACAGUUGAUUUAAUAAAUAAAAAAAAGAUUGUAAAUUCAAAAUCGUAGAUAAUUUAUUUAACGUAUGAAGAAUUACUACAAUAGAUAUAUUAUAAGUUAUGACUUUUUAUAACCAAAACUAUAUCAUAAUUUAUUAUGUCUAUGUAAAUAGCAUCAAUGAUUAUUUUCAUGAUUUAUUCGUUGAAUGAAUUUUUAUCUUAAAGUUUGUAUUUGUUCUAUUUAAAAAUGUGUAACUUGUAAUUUGUUUAAAAUAAAUAAAAAUAUGUUGUUUAUGAAGUA